GCGCCGAGGCCAAGGGAGAGUGAGCAAUCGAGGUUUGAAUAAUCCUAGGAGAAAGACGGCCGGGUGGAUUUGAGGUGCAGUCUCGGAGGGAGGGAUUAGGAGCCGCUGGACUUUCUUUUCUUUCCUCCCUUCUUAGUAGAACGGAGUCCGAAUUAAUUGGAUUUCAUUCACCCUGGAGGAACAAAACUGUCUGGGCAGCUUCAUUCAGAGAGAUUCAUUGACACCGAGAACGAGCGGCUGCAGCCGGGUGCAGAGGGAACCGCCGGCUUCACUUCGGUCUCGCCUGCCCCAACCGCUAUCCCGGCUUGGGAAGGGCGAGGUGGACUCCAACCCCGCUCCGAGAGCGGCGGCUUCCCGCGGCGCGCUCGGCUUCUGCCUGCCCCGAGGGGCGUCUGAUAGGCACUCCGCCCUCUCCGGCAGCUCGACCCCCAUGAUAGAUACGCUCAGACCCGUGCCCUUCGCGUCGGAAAUGGCGAUCAGCAAGACGGUGGCGUGGCUCAACGAGCAGCUGGAGCUGGGUAACGAGCGGCUGCUGUUGAUGGACUGCCGGCCGCAGGAGCUGUACGAGUCGUCCCAUAUCGAGUCCGCCAUCAACGUGGCCAUCCCGGGGAUCAUGCUGCGGCGCCUGCAGAAGGGCAACCUGCCGGUGCGCGCGCUAUUCACGCGCGGCGAGGACCGGGACCGCUUCACCCGGCGCUGCGGCACCGAUACCGUGGUGCUCUACGAUGAGAGCAGCAGCGACUGGAACGAGAAUACGGGCGGCGAGUCGGUGCUCGGGCUGCUGCUCAAGAAGCUCAAGGACGAGGGAUGCCGGGCGUUCUACCUGGAAGGUGGUUUCAGUAAGUUCCAAGCCGAGUUCGCCCUGCACUGCGAGACUAAUCUAGACGGCUCGUGUAGCAGCAGCUCGCCACCGUUGCCAGUGCUGGGGCUCGGGGGCCUGCGGAUCAGCUCCGACUCCUCCUCGGACAUUGAGUCUGACCUUGACCGAGACCCCAAUAGUGCAACGGACUCGGAUGGCAGCCCGCUGUCCAACAGUCAGCCUUCUUUCCCUGUGGAGAUCUUGCCCUUCCUCUAUUUGGGGUGUGCCAAGGACUCCACUAACCUGGACGUGUUGGAGGAGUUUGGCAUCAAGUACAUCUUGAACGUCACCCCCAACUUGCCGAAUCUCUUUGAGAAUGCAGGAGAGUUCAAAUACAAGCAGAUCCCCAUCUCGGAUCACUGGAGCCAAAACCUGUCCCAGUUUUUCCCUGAGGCCAUUUCUUUCAUAGAUGAAGCCCGGGGCAAAAACUGUGGCGUCCUGGUGCAUUGCUUAGCUGGCAUCAGCCGCUCGGUCACUGUGACUGUGGCUUACCUUAUGCAGAAGCUCAAUCUGUCGAUGAAUGAUGCUUAUGACAUUGUGAAGAUGAAGAAAUCCAACAUCUCUCCCAACUUCAACUUCAUGGGCCAGCUCCUGGACUUCGAGAGGACGCUGGGACUGAGCAGCCCCUGUGACAACCGCGUCCCCACACAGCAGCUCUAUUUCACCACGCCCUCCAACCAGAAUGUCUACCAGGUGGACUCUCUGCAAUCCACGUGAAGGGCCCCCCCCCGCAACUGGGAUGUGUCCAGUCGAUCUUUAGCAGUUUCUCUCAGCAGCAUCCGCCAGGCUGCUUUCUUUGUAUGUGGCCCCAGGUGUCAACAGGACACCAGCUGUCUGUAUUAGACAAGGUUACCACGUAUGGAAUUGGUUAUUCCCAAGGGAGAGAUUUGCUCCCUUCCUGUUGGAAGAACAGGACCCUCUGUAUAGAUAGAGGCAGUAGGUUUGCUCCACACCCCUGUGUACAGCCUACCCCUGCAGGGACUGGGAUUCGAGGACUUCCAGGUACAUAGGGUAGGACCAAAUGGUAGGGUAGGAGCAUGUGUUCUUUAGGGCCUUGUAUGACUGUUUCUUUUGCGUCUGGAACUGAUUCUAUAUUGUCUUCAGUGAAGACCGAUUCAAUUUUGCAUAUAGAGGAGCCAAAGAGAGGUUUCAGCUCUGUAUUUGUAGUA